AAAGUUGAAUGCGGAAAGACGUGUGUUUGGUGUGCUCGUAAAAAUUAAUGAAUUAUAUUAAUAAAUAGAAGAAAGUUGAAUGAUUCAAUGUCAAUAAGAAAAGAAAAGAUGUGAAAAUAGUAAGAAAAUGUCAUGUUAAAUAAAUUAAAUUAAUACAAAGCAAAUUUAGAAAAGGAAUAAGGAAGAAUGUGAAGUGUUUGUGAAAGAAUCAUCAAAUGUGCAUUGCGAGAUAUUUUUAAUUGUAUCAAGAAGUAGAGGAAAAGUGAAAAAUAAAAAUAUUUAAAGUGUACAAAAAUGAAGUUGAAUGUGCUGACUUUUACGAUAUUAUUCGCGUUUAUAAGCGAAUCAUAUUCAGAAACGACUAGACAAUCGAACACUAAGAAAGUGAUAAUUACGAAAUGUUGCAGAAUAGGUGAUUUAUUAAAUAUUGAGGGAGUUUGUGAGCCUGCAUUGGGAAGUUUGAUUUGGGCACCAAAAGUCUUUUUGCCAAAGAAAAGGACGUUCUAUGAAAAGCCUGGUUUACUUCCUUCAUUUUUUAACGUUAAGGAAGAAGUUCGACCGAAUUGUAAUGCACCAGAAUUCUUUAAGAGCACUGAUGUCUACAUCGUCGGCAAUGGAUCAAUUUAUCUAAAGAACAAACAUAUCACAAUUGAGAAUUUCGAGAGCUUUUGUGUCGAUCAAGAUUUUAGUUUAGUAUGCCGCAACGAUCAAGAAUUAGUGCCUGAUAAUAUGACGACGACAGUAAAGUUAACAAAAUGUUGCGGACCGAACGAAAUAUAUGCGUCGAGUUCGUGUAUUGGAGCAAACAACAAAAGUGGUGAUCCGUUAUUCAAUCCCAAUGACGACGGACUUAAAAUGAAAAUUGAUUUCGACUACAAGUUUCCAGACUGCGAUGGUUCUAAUGAGUUUGCUAUUGCUGGCCCAUUUUUGAGUUCUAAUUUCGAUAUGAGUUCAGGUCAUGUGAAAACGGAAUCCGGAAAAAUAUUCCAACGAGAACAAUACUGCCUAGAUCAUGUCAUCGCUAAUGAUAAUAAUUAUGAAGGUGUUAAAAUUUUUACAUGCUCCGAACAUUACAGUACAAUUCCACCUAAUUUGAAUCAUCAUCAAGACGAUACGCGCUUUGCUAUUUACUCAAUUGGCCUGCUUAUAUCCGUUUUGUUUCUGAUUGCAACACUCGCCGUGGGAUUUUUACUUUUAUCGAAUCAUCAUAUGCUUCACUGGCGAUGUCAGACGAAUUACGUGAUUUGUUUGUUGAUCGGUGACUUAUUAUUGGCCAUAACACAAAUAUCCGGAACGAGUCUUCAUGGACCUUCUUGCGUAAUUAUUGCUCAUUUAAUGCAUUUCUUCUUCCUAGCCACAUUCUUUUGGCUUAACACUAUGUGUUUCAACAUUUGGUGGACGUUUCGAGAUUUUAGACCAACAUCGAUGGAAAAAUCGCAAGAAUCACUCCGAUUACGCAUAUAUGAGGUAUAUGCAUGGGGUAUGCCAAUUAUUAUAACAACAGUCGCAGCAGUUUUGGACAAUUUACCUGAGAGUCCCACUGAAGCUUUUCUUCGACCGCGUUUUGGUGAAAAUAAAUGCUGGUUUUAUGGUGACAUGGAAAUAUUUGCGUACUUUUUCGGACCGAUUGGAAUUUUAUUAUGCAUAAACAUUCUGCUUUUCCUCUCGACCGCACGACAAUUGACUUGUGGAUUAUGGAAGCAACAAGAUGUAAAGUCAACGACGGAACGUAUCCGUUACAGAGCCGCUUUGGGACGUGUCUGCAUGAAGCUCGUAAUUGUUAUGGGAGUGACAUGGAUAAUUGAUGUGAUUAGUUGGGCAGUCGGCGGACAGUACUAUAUUUGGUAUGUUACUGACGUCAUAAAUGCACUUCAGGGACUCUUCAUCUUUUUGGUUGUCGGACUUCAGCCACAGGUGUGGUCCGCACUUAAAAGAUUUUGGAGCUCUCGAUCGGGCGAUCACCGAGUAACAGGUACAACGAAUGGUCCACAACAUUCGAUAUCGUCACACGGAAUGCCAUCCUUAGAUGCCAGUGUAACAAAUCAAACUACAAAUUCCAAAGUUGAAACAAUGUGCUAAUCGUACACACUGAGAUUGAUUGGUGCCUGAAUAUUUAUGUAACUUUUUAUACUACAUAAACUUUAAAACUCUUUUUACAUGCCGUCAAUGACCAAAAAACAAAACAAAGGAGAUAACAAAUGGAAAAGUAUCACAGCAAUUUUAUUAAUUGAAGUGAUUCUUAAUAGGAGAAACAAAUUUGUAUACAAAAGCAAGCAUACACAAAAGUAUAAUAAAAGAUACCAGCGACGACAACAUACGUAAAAUUGGAUGUGACGACGACCUAAAUCCAUAAAUACAUAUUAAUUUAUUGCACACAAAUGUUUGCAUGUACUGUGCGGUUACUUAAGUGCAUUUUUAAGUAUUAAAAUAUCUAUUAACUUUCUCAUAUCAUUCAUUCGCUAAUGCUACACAUAACAAGCGCAUCAAUCAAUCAUUAUUUUACUUGUUCAAAUUAGUUUUUUCAAUUUAUAUGUUGUGAUAAUUCGUAAAGUUUAUUAUCUUUCUGCUUCAUCUUUUCACCAUCAUUUAUUGACAAAUAAGUAAUGUUUAAGUUUCGUAUUGAUGCAUAUAUGUAUGUAAUCUAGUAGUUUUUAAGUUUAAGGAAUAAAAUACAAGUAUGUAGGCUUAACAAGUAGGAAAACAAAUGAAUAAUGUUAUCAAACCUUUUUUCUAUGCCAAAAUAAUAAUCCAAUCCUGCCAACAAUGUUUAUUAGCUGAUAGGGAUAAUGAGGGCACAGUUCAUUUAUGACGUCAAUUUGGGGGGUUUUAAUAAGUAAUGAUUUAUGUCUUAUUGUGGGGGGAGGGGGGGGGGGGGGUUCAAAAUUCUCAAUUUUUUAUGGAUGUUAUAAGUGAACGACCCCAAAAUAAAUAAAACAAUGUAAAUUUUUUGUAUUCGAGUCUUUUGUAUCUCCUAAAAUGAGCAAAAAUGUGCUGUGGAAAGUUCGAAAGGCAGAGUCAAUGAGUUUUGCUUGUUUUGUGAGUGUGCGAAGUGAAUUUUUAAGCAACAUAUAAAUUUUUGUAUCUUGGAGUCAUUUGUUGGUGAUGUUUGAUAUUUAUGGAGUACUAGGAUUGUUGAAGGUUGUCAAAUAAAUCUCUAAUCAGUGAUAAAACGAAAAAAUAAGUCAGAGUCGAUUAAAAGUUUAAUUUGGCAUCCUGACAAGCCUUAAAUCAAUCCAUAAUAGCUUAAUGAUCAAAGCAUGUGAACAAAAUAUCCAAAAUCUGAAACUUUGAUACACGUCACAUGUAACUGACCUCUGAAAAUAAUCACCAAAAUUACUCAAUAGCUUUUUAAAAGAAUUGGCAUAAAUUCAACGACCUUUAAAAUAUUUGAAAAUUAUGUUAAUUUAUGUGUAGAUCACAAAGAUCAAACAAAUUAUGCCUGAUGAGCUUUAGAGCUACCAGUUUGACAAGCCUUUUGAACUCGACCAUCGCUCAGACAAAACCAAUAAUAACACUUUUGAUGAUACUUAAAGAAAUUUAUUACAUUUUUAAAGAAAAAAUAAAAUUUUUAUACAAAAAAAAACUUUUUUGGGAAUUUUUAUAAGAUUGAGAAUAAAGGAAGGAGAAAGACUCAAAGAGAAAGUACUGCUAGCACAAAAAAGUAUAUAAACAUUUUUUUAAUGAUAGUAAGCAGCUAAAUUGACUGAAAUACCAAAACAAUAAAACGAAUUAAGAUGCUAAAAAAUUAAAAAUGAG